UACACUCUCGCAUCAAUCUUCUGAUUCUUCUUUUGAACCUCGUCUCGCACACCGUUAAUCAGAUAGCAUUAACACCUGCUGAUCUUAUCACUCGGGUCCCUCAGUGCAACACAACAAUACUUUAAGAUAGUCACAUAUUUCUCCUGCCAAAAUGGGUAAGGAAGACAAGACUCACAUCAACGUCGUCGUCAUCGGCCAUGUCGACAGUGGCAAGUCCACCACUACCGGCCACUUGAUCUACCAAUGCGGUGGUAUCGACAAGCGAACUAUCGAGAAGUUCGAGAAGGAAGCUGCUGAACUCGGCAAGGGUUCCUUCAAGUAUGCCUGGGUUUUGGACAAGCUGAAGGCCGAGCGUGAGCGUGGUAUCACCAUUGAUAUCGCUCUAUGGAAGUUCGAAACCCCCAAGUACUAUGUCACUGUCAUCGAUGCUCCUGGACAUCGUGACUUCAUCAAGAACAUGAUUACGGGUACCUCGCAGGCCGACUGCGCUGUCCUCAUCAUUGCUGCCGGUACCGGUGAGUUCGAGGCUGGUAUCUCCAAGGAUGGCCAGACCCGUGAGCACGCUCUGCUCGCCUACACCCUCGGUGUUAAGCAGCUCAUCGUUGCCAUCAACAAGAUGGACACUGCCAAGUGGGCUGAGGAGCGUUACAACGAAAUCAUCAAGGAGACCUCCAACUUCAUCAAGAAGGUCGGUUACAACCCCAAGACCGUCGCUUUCGUCCCCAUCUCCGGCUUCAACGGUGACAACAUGCUUGCCCCCUCCACCAACUGCCCCUGGUACAAGGGUUGGGAGAAGGAAGGCAAGGGUGGUAAGGUCACUGGCAAGACUCUUCUAGAGGCCAUUGACGCUAUCGUCCCCCCUCAGCGACCCACAGACAAGCCCCUCCGUCUUCCCCUCCAGGAUGUUUACAAGAUCGGUGGUAUUGGAACUGUGCCCGUCGGCCGUAUCGAGACUGGUGUCCUCAAGCCCGGUAUGGUCGUCACAUUCGCCCCCGCUGGUGUCACGACUGAAGUCAAGUCCGUCGAGAUGCACCACGAGCAGCUUACUGAGGGUCUCCCCGGUGACAACGUUGGUUUCAACGUCAAGAACGUCUCCGUUAAGGAAAUCCGACGAGGAAACGUCGCCGGUGACUCCAAGAACGACCCCCCGUACGGUGUCGAUGACUUCACUGCCCAGGUCAUCGUUCUUAACCACCCUGGCCAAGUCGGUGCUGGAUACGCACCUGUCCUUGAUUGCCACACCGCCCACAUUGCUUGCAAGUUCGCCGAGCUCCUAGAGAAGAUCGACCGACGAACGGGUAAGUCUGUUGAGAACAGCCCCAAGUUCAUCAAGUCUGGUGAUGCCGCCAUCGUCAAGAUGAUUCCCUCCAAGCCCAUGUGCGUGGAGGCUUUCACUGACUACCCCCCUCUGGGACGAUUCGCCGUCCGUGACAUGCGUCAAACCGUCGCUGUCGGUGUCAUCAAGGCCACCACUAAGAACACCACCAAGGGCGGCAAGGUCACCAAGUCUGCUGCCAAGGCUACUGGCAAGAAAUAAGCUUGCUAGUCAUAAUAAGACUACAGCCGCUGGGAGUAAUACUCUGUCGGCUCGUCUAAUUGCCUUUGAGCUUUUACGACACGCCCAUGCCUCGAUGAAUCUCUUUUUUCAUGACAUUUCCACGACACGAUCUGUUCUCCCGGACGUUUGACUUCGGAGUGCAAACAUGAGAGGAAGGGUUAUGGGCAUUUCUGCGACAAAGCUUUCUCAUAUUGUGCUUGUAGUAAAAUAGAGUCAUAAUAGACCGUGAACAAAGUCUUUCUGUUACUUAUGCUUCCAACGUGAUAAAUUUCGUCCAG